AAACUUUCGAGAGGGCUUAAAACAUUCCCUUCUCUUCCAAACUUUAAAUAAAAUGGUAGAGGAAAAUGAAUUAAGACAUGCUGGGCUUGGCUUUUGGCUUGCGAUGAAAUAUUUGAAAAUGAUUUCUGCAUGUGCCAGUGCCUACACAACUGGAAAAAACCUGGGAUGAUUGUGUAAGUGUGCACUUCUCUAUUUCUCUUUCCGAAACCAUUACUGCAAGUCCACUGUACUUAAGCCCUUCCACCCCUUGUCUUCUGUGAGCUUUUCACUUGGCUGGACUCCAGUUGGCUUUUGCUUCACUUAGAAGGCAAUAUUCCUACCAGCAGGAGGCAAUAUCUGAACACACUCACUCAGAAAUAUUCAUUCUUGGUGAAUGACAUUGUUUCCUUAUCUGUGGCUGUACCAAAUCUGAGAAACAAGACUACUAUUUCUGAAGACAAGAUCCUCCCUACUGCAAACCCGGACACCAGAUUCCUGCUCAGCAGACAAACAACGCCUCCUCCCUCCCUUCUGUGAAUUUCAAAUAUGGAUGGGAUUCAGAGCAUUUUAAAAUUCCUCACCAAUCAGAAAAAUGUCAUUGGUUACAGCUUUAUGGCUUUGCUAACACUAGGAGGUGAACGGCUCUUCUCGAUUGUUGCUUUCAGAUGUCCAUGUAGCAAUGACAACUUUGCCUAUGGAUUGGUCUUUCUCCUUGCCCCAGCCUGGGUAUUACUGAUCAUUGGGUACUUUUUGAAUACCAGGAUGUGGAGACUCUUCACAGGCUGCUGUGUGAACCCUAGAAAAAUCUUCCCCAAGGGGAACAGCUGCCAUUUCUUUUAUGUCUUUGGUCAGAUCACUUUAAGCCUGGUGGCCCCUAUGAUGUGGCUUUCCGUGGCUUUGCUCAAUGGGACCUUUUAUGAAUGUGCCACGAGCGGCACUAAGAAUCCACAUCUCUUGAAGAUAAUUUGCAAGGACAAGUCCUCUGAGUGCUGGCAAGAGCUGCACAAAGUAGCUUGUGGCAAAACAAGCAUGUCCUCUGCAGACACCCAGGAACUGAAGCUAACUCUGCAAGCACAGUCUCAGAUUCUAGGGUGGUGUGUGGUUUCCAUGGCUGCCUUCUUCUCUCUGCUCACCACCUGUUAUGUCAGAUGCCGAUCUAAGAUCAGCCACCUUCAGAUGAAGUUCUGGAAGACCUAUGCAGACCAGGAGAAGGAGCAGUUUGAGAAAACUUUCCAGGAGUAUGCAGUCAGGCUGAGUGAGAGGAACCUAAAAUGUUUUUUUGAGAACAAAAAGCCAGAUUCAUUCCCCAUGCCAACCUUUGAAGCUUGGGAAGCUGCCUCAGAGCUGUACUCCUUCAACCGAACUCAGCAACACUAUAGCACCCUCCACCGAGUGGUGGAAGAUGGGCAGCGAAUCAUUACUGAAGACAUAGAAACCACUUUGGACUUUGUGGACGACCGGGCUGUUGUCAGCAUUCAGAAAAGCAUUAUUUCCACCGUCUUUGUAUUUUUACAAAUGUUCUAUGUCUUACAUUUGGGGAAUCUUCACAUUUCAUUAACUAGAUAAAGCUUUUUAGAGGCAGUAUGGCAUAAUGAUUAGAGAGACAUAGAGAUUGGCCGGGCUUGGAGUUAGAAAGAUCUGGGUUGAACUCCUUCCUCCAAUUUGCACCAAACUGGCCUAUUUGUUGUCCGGUAUGCAUUUCAUUCCAUCUUCCACCUCUGUACAGGCUGUCCUUCAUGCCUGGAAGGUACUCCUUCCUCAUCACUGCCAUAUCUUGGAAUUUCAAAGCUCAGCUCAUGUGCCACCUUUGCCAGGAGUCCACAAUGCCAGUGCCUUCCAUCCUCCCAAAAUUACCUUGUAUUUACUUUGCAUGUAUUUUGUAUUUGCUUAUAUGUGUAUAUUUUUCCCUAAUAGAAUACA